GCCUAAGCCCCACCAGCGGCACCGAUUUCUUCCUUCCCCUCCACGAUACCUCUCCUAACCCGCCGAACCUCGAAAACCACCCUCUCACACCCCCCCACGCCGCACAUAAAACCAGCAAUCAUGUUGAACGGCGAAGAUCCGCCCGAGCGGCCCGACUACAUUGUCAACAUCAUCAAUGGCCUCGAGCGGUACAACCCCGAGGCUGUCGUCAACCUCGAGUCCUACCUGCAGGAGCAGUGCGAGCAGAAGUACUGCGACUGCAAUGCGAACCGGACACUCCUGAAGCUGUACCAGCUCAACCCCGACCGUCUCAAGGAUGAGGUCGUCACCAACAUCCUCGUCAAGGCCAUGACCCAGUUCCCCUCGCCGCAGUUCACCCUCGCCCUGCACCUCAUCAACCCCUCCACCAUCGCCCAGGGCGAGCUCCACGAGGCCGUCGCCAAGCUGCGCACCCUCAACAGCCAGCUCGAGGGCUCCCAGUACGCUCGCUUCUGGAACACCAUUGACGGCGACGACCUCUGCGCCGACCUCAUUGCCGACAUCUCGGGCUUCGAGGACCUCAUCCGCAGCAACAUUGCCAACUCGGUCGCGCAGGCCUUCCGUGAGGUCAGCCUGUCCCAGCUCGAGUCCUGGCUCGGUCUCGACGGCGACGCUACCGCAAAGUUCGUCACCGAGGUCGCCGGCUGGACCGUCGGCGACAACGGCGUCGUUACCAUCCCCAAGAACGCCGAGAACGAGGCCAAGAAGUCUGAGAUCAGGGAGGACGUCAACGUCGACAUGUUCUCGAGAAUUCUUCGGAGAUCAUGGGAGGAGACUGCGUAAAAAGAAUUGCUUUUUUGAAAAACAAGAAGAGAAACUCGCAGACUUGGGCUUUGGUGUGGGGAUGAACAGAAGAAGGGGACGCAAGGGUUGGUAUCACAACCCUUGGCUGCUAAUAGCUCCGUACAUGGAGUUAGGGCUGGAAGAGAGCAUGGCGGCAAAAAUUACCGGCGUUCACUUUUGACUUUGGAAUCGGGGACCAUAGAGUAUAUCCCUGAAUAUGAGACAUGCCACAAUGUUUGAAAUGUCGUGUAAAACGCUUCUUUUUCUUCUUCUCAUUAUUUUGAUGUGCUGCAAAACUUUUGUCCAUGCUUGCCCCCUUUUUAUCAUCAUCGUGUAGCACAUAACUUUUUCAUCGCUUCGAAAGCUCCUCCCACUGAACACCACACCAUUCCUCAAGAUACCCAGCCUCACCAACAUCAACACCCCGCUGCUGACAAUCCGCCUCGCAAACGCCGACAAUAAUGGUACCCCAGUCCAUGCCCUCAAGCGACAGCUCCUCCGCCUCGAGCUCGGUGAUGGCAUGCGGCGUCAUCUGCACCUCAAACACGCGCCUGGCACCACAGUUUCCGCACCGCGUCAUGCCACCACCGCCGGCAGCAGCGCCCAGCUUCGCGCCCACGGCGUCCGCCUUGGAGUACAGAAGCGGCGUGCCGUUGAACUCGUAGCGGAUACACUGCUCCGGGUUCUGCUCCAUGCGGUCCGCAAAUUUUUGAAACGCCGCGUCCAUGGACGACUCGAAGACGUCCUUCAUAUCGCCUCCGCCAGAGCUGCCACCGCCCUCGGUGUCCACCUCCAUCCGCGCGUUCUGUGGCACGGGCAUGGGUUCCGGGUCGAG